AUGCCUUCAGUUCCUUCUUCGAUAAGCUCUAUCUGUCAUAAACCAGGUCAACGUACGGGUGAUCCUGAGCUGUUGGAACAGCAGGGAAUUGCCGAGCACCAAAGAUCUUCCAUUUGUCCCACCUCCCGGGACAGGUUGCCAAGUGAAGUGCUAUCUCAUGCAUUGAGGUCACAUGCCCAGAGAGCAACGUGUCCGGGGAAAAAUCUGACCCGCCGUGGUGAUGAGUCCUUCGUUACUGAUACUAUGUCAUCAGGCUUUAGCUUGCAGUGCUUCUACGGAUCCUGGGGGAAAGGCCAGCAACAAGGAUCCCAUUUUAGGACACCAUCUUACAUUAAGGCACCAUUUCUCCUUCGGCUCUUCUUGGCUACAACAAUUUCUCAGACUUUCCUUGUUUUGAUGACCUUGACAGUUCUUGAGAAGUCCUGGCCAGUCCCUGGACACCACCAUUCACCCAUCUGUUUCUAUCAGUUUGGCCGUUUUAGAUUCCUUAUCUCCAUCCCUGGAAGGGUCAGGGGUCACCUUUGGACAAGUGAGCGGGGAGGAAGAACAGAAGCACGGUGUAAGAAGAGAGAAGCUGACCAUACUCCAGAGGCAAGGAGAGGCAUCAACUUUUAAUCAUGGGGCAGAGGGUGAACUAGCUCUACCAAGUGAGUAGAUGAGGAAGGCGCC